AUGGAGUCAGUCGGCAGUAAUGAUCCCAUUGGGUCUGAGAUGCAGUCAGUCGGCAGUAAUGAUCCCAUUGGGUCUGAGAUGGAGUCAGUCGGCAGUAAUGAUCCCAUUGGGUCUGAGAUGGAGUCAGUCGGCAGUAAUGAUCCCAUUGGGUCUGAGAUGGAGUCAGUCGGCAGUAAUGAUCCCAUUGGGUCUGAGAUGGAGUCAGUCGGCAGUAAUGAUCCCAUUGGGUCUGAGAUGCAGUCAGUCGGCAGUAAUGAUCCCAUUGGGUCUGAGAUGCAGUCAGUCGGCAGUAAUGAUCCAUUGGGUCUGAGAUGCAGUCAGUCGGCAGUAAUGAUCCCAUUGGGUCUGAGAUGGAGUCAGUCGGCAGUAAUGAUCCCAUUGGGUCUGAGAUUGCAGUCAGUCGGCAGUAAUGAUCCCAUUGGGUCUGAGAUGGAGUCAGUCGGCAGUAAUGAUUCCAUGGGUCUGAGAUGCAGUCAGUCGGCAGUAAUGAUUCCCAUGGGUCUGAGAUGCAGUCAGUCGGCAGUAAUGAUCCCAUUGGGUCUGAGAUGGAGUCAGUCGGCAGUAAUGAUCCCAUUGGGUCUGAGAUGCAGUCAGUCGGCAGUAAUGAUCCCAUUGGGUCUGAGAUGCAGUCAGUCGGCAGUAAUGAUCCCAUUGGUCUGAGAUGGAGUCAGUCGGCAGUAAUGAUCCCAUUGGGUCUGAGAUGGAGUCAGUCGGCAGUAAUGAUCCCAUUGGGUCUGAGAUGCAGUCAGUCGGCAGUAAUGAUUCCCUGGGUCUGAGAUGCAGUCAGUCGGCAGUAAAUGAUCCCAUUGGGUCUGAGAUGGAGUCAGUCGGCAGUAAUGAUCCCAUUGGGUCUGAGAUGGAGUCAGUCGGCAGUAAUGAUCCCAUUGGGUCUGAGAUGGAGUCAGUCGGCAGUAAUGAUCCCAUUGGGUCUGAGAUGGAGUCAGUCGGCAGUAAUGAUCCCAUUGGGUCUGAGAUGGAGUCAGUCGGCAGUAAUGAUCCCAUUGGGUCUGAGAUGGAGUCAGUCGGCAGUAAUGAUCCCAUUGGGUCUGAGAUGGAGUCAGUCGGCAGUAAUGAUUCCUGGGUCUGA